ACAAUCGGUACACCACGGGCCAAACUUCUGGAACUCCUGUCUUGCACCUGCUGACCUGCUCCGGCGUCCGGCAUCCUCGCAACAAACCCGCCUCGCCGGCGCCGCAGCCACCUCUUGGCUCCCACCUCCGCCUCUCUCGUCCCACAGCGUCCCCUCACCGCAGCGGCGUCACCUCGAAUUUCCCGCUUCUUUCCCAGUCCUCCUCGCCGUCCGCCUGCUCUGCCCCCCCCCCCCCCCCCCCCCCCCCCCCAACCUGGUACUGGAGCUGGAGCUGCAGAUCCACCCGGACCUGGCGACCUGUUUCUCCUCCCGCCGGUAAGCACACGCCCUUGCUUUCUCCGGAAGAACCCCCCUUGCUCUUAUCAGAGCUGGCUAGUCUGUCUGGUUGCAACCAAAUCCAAAUCCGAAUCUUUCCCUCCCUCCCUUGCUCCAAUCCCCCCUAUUCCGCAGCGAUUUGCUUGCCGCGUGCUUGUAACCAGUUGGCGUCCCAAGAUUUUUAGGCGCUCGCUUCCUUCGAUUCCGCGUGAAUUCCGCCCCUUUAUGCCAUUGCCUUCCAGUGCUCCAUCCAACACAGCGGAGGUUGCAAGUCUCCCACAAAGUAGAAAAGUUGAGUUCUUUGAAGUCGGAGGCCAGUCCCGGGCCGCGAUGGCGUCGAGCGGCGGCGGUGGCGCGUCGGCGGCGGCGGCGAAGAACGAGGCCUACGUGCGGGCCGACAAGAUCGACCUGGAGAGCCUGGACCUCCAGCUGGAGAAGCAGCUGGCGAAGACCUGGGAGAAGCACAAGGGCAAGUCCAUCCAGGGGCCCCGGGAGGACUGGGAGAUCGACCUCGCCAAGCUCGAGAUUCGGUACGUCAUCGCGCAGGGCACCUACGGCACGGUGUAUCGCGGCACGUACGAUGGGCAGGAUGUCGCAGUAAAACUGUUGGAUUGGGGUGAAGAUGGCUUUGCAACGGAAGCUGAAACUGCUAAACUGCGAGCAUCAUUUAAACAGGAGGUUGCGGUCUGGCAUGAGCUCAACCAUCCAAAUGUUACAAAGUUCAUUGGUGCAUCAAUGGGUACUGCAGACCUUAAGAUUCCAGCCAAUAGUUCUAGCAGUGGUGCACGCACUGAGCUGCCACCAAGAGCAUGUUGUGUUGUGGUAGAAUAUCUUGCUGGUGGAACACUAAAACAAUAUCUAAUAAAGAACAGGCGAAGGAAGCUUGCAUACAAGGUUGUGGUUCAAAUAGCAUUGGAUCUGGCCAGAGGAUUGAGCUACCUGCACUCAAGAAAGAUAGUUCACCGGGAUGUUAAAACUGAAAAUAUGCUACUUGACACACAACGGAACCUUAAAAUCGCUGAUUUUGGCGUUGCUCGUGUUGAGGCUCAGAAUCCAAAGGAUAUGACAGGUGCAACCGGCACACUUGGCUACAUGGCCCCAGAGGUCCUUGAAGGCAAGCCAUACGAUAGGAAGUGUGAUGUCUACAGUUUUGGCAUAUGCUUAUGGGAAAUAUACUGCUGUGACAUGCCAUAUCCAGACCUCAGUUUUGCAGACGUCUCAUCUGCUGUUGUCCAUCAGAAUCUGCGCCCGGACAUCCCCCGGUGCUGCCCAAGCACGAUGGCGAACAUCAUGCGCAAGUGCUGGGACGCGAACCCAGAUAAGCGGCCGGACAUGGACGAGGUGGUGCGGCUCUUGGAGGCCCUCGACACGAGCAAGGGAGGCGGCAUGAUACCGGAAGGCCAGGCGGGUGGGUGCUUGUGCUUCUUCAGAGCCCGCGGUCCUUAGAAACAAACUUUUGCAGCCUUCCUCUUCUUGUCGAUACCAUACAAUGUUGGAGCCAAAUGUGGGCCUGUUAGUUUUUCCAUUUGGUACCAAAUGGCCCCUUGGCUGUUCUGAUUGGAGAUAGCUUGACAAUCCUUUGUUAUGUUUGACGCUCGUUUAAUAGUGAUGUGAAUACCAGCGAGAAGUCCAUAAUACAGAGAGUUUGGACUAAUUCGUGGUUGCAUUCUUAUAA